UCACAUAGGUGGCAGAGAGGUCUCACCCCUAUUAGAUUCUGGGGGCCCCACAUGUGACAGGGGGCCUAAAAUUAUACAGAAAAUUGGGCUGCGGGGCACAAGGUGUCAUUUUGUCAGGGAACCCAGAAUUUCUAGGUACGUCCUUAGUUACAGCUAACAGAAACCGUCAUAUUAACGUGUGUAAUAUGUAACUAACAACUUAAUGAAUUUGUGAAAUGGGAGGUAACCGAACAAGCCUAUCAUGAAACUAGAAUGGAGGAAGAAAAAAAAGCAAUAUUUGCUGAGCACUCUGCAAGAUAAUUGAAUUAGUGAUUUACUGAUUCUGGUCAAUGCAUAUAAACUUUGGUUCAACUAUUCUCAUACAUAUUUCUGCAAAGGUGCAGUGAUUUGCAGAUGGACAUACUCUAGGGAAGGGUAUAAAGACAAGAUAACUAAUAAAUUGAUGCCAGCAUUAUGGAGCUGAGAGACGCUGGGAAACAGACAUUUAAGCCGUUGGACUAUGUGGUGUUUGCUGGCUUGUUUGUGGUCUCCUCUGGGAUUGGGAUAUUUUUUGCAGUCAAAGAAAGGAAGAAGACAACCUCCAGCCAAUUCCUGGUGGGGGGCAGACAGAUGACUUGUGUCCCCGUGGCCCUGUCCCUCACGGCCAGCUUCAUGUCGGCCAUAACCGUGCUGGGGGCUCCUUCUGAUGUGUACCGUUUCGGCGCCUCCUUCAUCAUCUUUGGCGUUGCCUACACCUUCAUGGUCAUGUUGACAGCUGAGCUGUUUCUGCCCGUUUUCUACCGGUCUGGAAUAACCAGCACGUAUGAGUACUUAGAGCUGAGGUUCUGUAAGGUGGUCCGCAUGGGCUGCACGCUCAUCUACAUAAUACAGACAAUCCUGUACACAGGAAUUGUGGUCUACGCCCCUGCUCUUGCCCUAAACCAAGUUACAGGGUUCAAUCUGUGGGGUUCCAUAUUUGCCACUGGGAUUGUCUGCACCUUCUACUGCACACUGGGUGGCUUGAAAGCAGUGGUUUGGACAGACGCUUUUCAGAUGGUGGUAAUGGUGGUAGGUUUCCUCACCGUGCUCAUCCAAGGAGUCCUGCAGACUGGCGGAAUCAGCGCUGUGUGGAAUAAAUCUCAAAAUGGGUCCCGGCUUGAUGCUUUUGACUUUGACCUUGACCCUACGAAGCGUCACACCUUCUGGACUAUCUCUGUCGGUGGUACAUUCACCUGGCUGGGGAUAUAUGGAGUGAAUCAAUCAACAAUCCAAAGGUGCAUCUCCUGCAAGACAGAGAAACAUGCCCAGAGGGCUUUGUACCUCAAUCUUUUAGGGCUUCUUCUGAUCCUGCUGUGUGCAGUUGCAUCUGGCCUUAUUAUGUAUGCAUUCUACAAUGAGUGUGAUCCCUGGACUGCUGGAUAUGUGCAGGCUCCAGAUCAGCUGAUGCCUUACUUUGUCAUGGAAAUUUUGGGCCACUUGCCUGGACUGCCAGGGUUAUUUGUGGCUUGUGCUUUUAGUGGGACACUGAGUACUGUGGCUGCUAGCAUCAACGCCCUGGCAACUGUAACCUAUGAAGACUUUUUCAAAAACAGCCUGGGGAGGGUUUCAGACAGAACAAGCGCCUGGGUCAGCAAGGGGCUGUGUAUACUGUUUGGAGUGGUCUGCACAUCAAUGGCUGUAGCAGCAUCCCAUAUGGGUGGUAUUGUACAGGCCGCCCUGAGUAUACACGGCAUGUGUGGAGGACCAAUGUUAGGUCUUUUCUCGCUGGGGAUUCUGUUCCCAUGGACCAACUCGAAGGGUGCAGUAGGUGGCUUGGUACUAGGUAUAGCCCUCUCCUUCUGGGCGGGGCUUGGGGGCUUCAUCUAUCCCGCUCCCAGCCAUAAGACCUUGCCUCUGCCACUCAGCACCAUGGGCUGCCUACCUGUAACAAACAUCACAGCAGGUCCUGAGCUCACUGACACUGUUUCCCCACCUGUAAGGUCAUCACUGAGUGAUUCCUGGUAUUCUAUGUCAUAUCUCUACUACAGUGCAGUGGGCUAUGUUGGUGCUGUUGUGUUGGGCUUGUUGAUUACUUUUGUCACAGGUCCCACGCCAAUAAACAACAUCAAGCCCUCCCUUGUGCGGCCGGUGUGUGAUGUUUUCUGCUUUUGGUCUGAGAGAUACAAGAGACUGUGCUGGUGUGGCCUUGAGCACAAUAAAGAAAAAGUGGAGUUUGAGGACAAUUUUACACGCGAUGAUGACACUUCAGGAAAACACUCAAAUUCCGAAGAUCGAUUCAGAAAUGACACCAUGGGAACAAAGCAGGAAGAUACCAAUUACCGAUUAUCAGAGACAAAGUUUUAAAAGUGGACUUAUGAACUGUAUGGGAGUUUACCAUGACGUUUUUAUAAAUAAAGAUAACUUUCUCAUUAGAAA